GAUGCGCGCUCGCGCUCUACAGCGCCAGUGAGCGGUGUGACGUCACUUCGCCCGAGAUGAGGGCGAUCACUCCCAGCAGCAUCUCCCACUAAUGCACGCUGUACGAGGACUCUACUACAGCGCGUGAACACAUCAGUAGCGCGGAAUGUGACUAGGCGACAUUGUAUCUUAAUUGUAGCCCCUUUGUUGUCUUAACUUCAGACUGAAGGCUGUCACAGGGAGAAGUGUCGUCCUGAAAUCGCUUCAGUCAGCGCGAGGACAGCCCGGUCUUUCCAUUUCCCCUGGAUUUGAUGUCAGUUUGCAGAGACAAUGCUGGAUUUUUUAAACCUUUAAUCGGGGUUAAUCUCAUUUCGGGUGCUGUUGUCGAACUUCGACAACAAUAUUUGCUGAAACACUGCCUUUGAUUAUUGAAUGUUAAUUCUCUGAGCAUAAUGAGCGUAUCUCACCAGCAGAGCUGUUAUGGCAGCGAGCACAAUCCUGGACCUAUUCGCUGCUUUCGCUGCAGAGAGGUGUGUAAAGGAGAGGUUGUACGAGUGCAAAACGUCCACUUCCACAUCAAAUGUUUCACCUGCCAAGUGUGUGGCUGUAACUUGGCCCGUUCCGGAUUUUUCCAGAAGAAGGGCGAGUACAUAUGCACAGCAGACUACCAGCGACUGUAUGGAACAAAGUGUGACAGCUGUGGGGACUUCAUCACAGGAGAGGUGGUAUCAGCGCUGGGCCACACAUAUCACCCGAAGUGCUUCGUUUGCAGUGUCUGCAGAAAACCCUUUCCAAUUGGAGACAGAGUAACAUUUAGUGGGAAGGAUUGUAUGUGUCAGCAGUGCUCCCACAAGCUUGUUCCUUCAAAUGAGCCGGUUAAGAUUCACGGACCCAGUCACUGUGCAGGCUGUAAAGAGGAGAUCAAGCAGGGCCAGUCUCUCCUGGCGUUAGAGAAACAGUGGCAUGUCAGCUGCUUUAAGUGCCAGACCUGCGGAAUUGUUCUCACUGGAGAAUACAUAAGCAAAGAUGGGACUCCUUAUUGUGAAUCAGAUUACCAUGCCCAGUUUGGGGUAAAGUGUGAGACCUGCAGCAGAUACAUCAGUGGGCGAGUACUUGAGGCUGGAGGAAAGCACUAUCACCCCACAUGUGCACGCUGUGCCUGGUGUCAGAUGAUGUUUACAGAAGGAGAAGAAAUGUACCUGACAGGUUGUGAGGUUUGGCAUCCUGCAUGUAAACAGACGGCUCGGGCAGAGAGGAAGCUCAGAGUGCGGCGCAUGUCAGAGACGUCCAUCUCACCCCCAGGGUCCAGUAUCAGUUCACCCAGCCGAGUCAUCUGUGCCAGAGUGGAGAAUGAGAUCCUAGAGUACAAAGAUCUGGCCGCACUGCCUAAGGUUAAGGCCAUUUAUGAUCUGCAGAGGCCUGAAUUCAUAUCCUAUGAGCCAUAUUACAGGUUCUACUCGGACGACAGACUAGAGCGCCUUAGCUUCGGCGAGUCACUGGGCACACUCUCACCUUAUUCUCAGGACAUGUAUGACCGAGUGGAUCUGAGGCAGCGGAGAUCCUCCAGUCCCGGGUAUAUUGAUUCUCCCACGUACAGCAGACAGAGCAUGUCCCCUCUCCUGCCCUGCUCUCCACAGCACUACUACCGAUAUGGCACUGAAAGUGGCAGGAGCUCACCCUAUUACUCACAGCUGGAGGCCAGGUCAAGCACACCCACUACAAAUCAAGCUCCAAAGCAUUUCCAUGUGCCAGCAACAGGAGAACCUAACAUCUACCGGAAGCCUCCCAUCUAUAAGAGACAUGACAAUCAUGAUACAGCCACAAAAAGCAAGACCAGCGAAGAUAUCCUCCAGUCAUCCAGAUUCACCACAGCCUAUUCACCCGAGCAAUACCAGCACUCCCAAUCUGAUUACUUCCAACCCACUGGCUCCCCAAAAUCUCUACGUAUUCCACGAAGAAGAUUUUCAUCAGGAGGAGAGGAAGAUGGAUGGAAUUAUGGUCUUCAAAGAAUCCAGGGUGGGAUUGGCAGAAUGAUCCUGAAGGAAGAGAUGAAAGCCCGCUCUGGUUCUUAUGACAACGACCCCUGGGGCAGCACACGGAACUCCCGUGCUGGGAGCAAGGAGACUCUGCACAACACCAGCUACAACAACACCAUCAAUGGCUCUUCCCAGGUCCUGUAUCCCCCUGAAAAUGAGUAUAUAUCAAAAUCUGCAUCUUUACCAGGGUAUGGCAGAAAUGGACUACACCGGCAGCAAAAUACAGACUACUUUCAGUAUGACAGUGGCAAUGAGGUCAACUGGGGAAUCAGAGAGUACAAGGUUUACCCAUAUGAGGCACUGAUUGUGACCACCAGGGGGCGAAAUAGGCUGCCAAAAGACGUAGACAGAGCCAGGCUGGAAAGGCAUCUCUCUCCUGAGGAGUUCUUCCAGGUGUUUGGCAUGACCAUGGCUGAGUUUGACCGACUGGCACUGUGGAAGAGGAAUGAGAUGAAGAAACAGGCUAGGCUAUUCUAAAUGUUCCUGCUUCCUACAUGCAGAGCUAGAGACAACUAUCCAUGACAAGCCAAAAAGAUGCUACCAUUUUCUGGCUGCACACUCACAAGCCGACUGAGCGGCAGAUCACUGAGUGCAGGAAAGAAGAAAAAGCAGGAAAAAGCAACAGUCUAAUAAAAGAGAAAAGCUAGAAGUCAUGUUAGAUUCUUUCUUGCUUUAAUAGAUUUUUAUAAUUUCUUGUUGAUAAAAAUAGAGAAUCAGAAAUCAGUAAGUCAAAAAUCCAUGUAAAAAUUUGGGAGCCUUAUAUUUUGUGUUAAUUAUGCACCAGCAGAGUGGCUAGAAUGUAGAUACUAUAUUAAUACUACUACUACUAAUAAUGAGAUCUUGUUUUGUUCCUCUCUUGUAUAUUAAACUUGUAAACUAAUAUCUUAUUUUACUUUAUGGACCAUUUUUAGCUUACAGUGGAAACACAUAGCUGAAUAAUAAUUAAGGUUAAUGCAAACAUGAAAGGUUUCCCAUGAAAAUGAAAACCAAAGGGUCAGUACUAUGUGUGAUUUUAACAGAAUCCAAAAAGUAGGGAUUCAGCAUUACCCAUGCUAUAGAUGAUUCAGGGUAAAUCUUGGGCUUAACCUCUAAAUGUAAUUUUUUUUUAAAACAAUUAAUUAGUAGACACAGUUUAAAGAUUGCAUUGAGCCAUCCUUGAGGGUUUUGUAAUGGUAGCCACGGUCAUUUGCUUUUGGGAAUAUUCACAAGCACUAACAAACACAAAGCAUUAAAACACAUUAGACUUAAAAGAAGGUGUUGUGGUGCAUUGUUUCAGUUUUUUUUUUCUUCUUCUUUAUUUUGUUGAUGAACAGGAUGGAAAAUGUGACGGGAAAUUUGGUGAUUUUCCGAAAUAAGGCAUGCAACAUUUUUGAUUAGAUUUGAACUGAUUUGUUAAGUUUGUGUUUAUGGUGCUAAGAUGAUGUUAUGCUGCAUUAGUUGCUAUAAGCAUGAUUAUACAAUUAGGACAAUCAGAAGGGUCUCUAGGAAUGUUUUUUACAUCCAGGGUACAUCCAUUGCAACAAAAAAUUUACCUCUAUUGCACUUAAUUAGGACCUAAUAGUGGAAUCUGUAAUGCCACAGUAUAAAUAGUGUAGAAUAUGUUAAAUUUGGACCUCACAAAGCAAAGACGAAAUCUGUCUUUGUUUUACACCUCUGCUUAUGUUGAGUGUUUUAAGUUGUUGUUGUUUGUUUGCUUUUUUGGUAACUGGAAUGUAUUAUAUUGUAAUACAAAUUUAACAGUAGCGAGUGAGAGAGUGAACAUAUUUUUUAUUCUUCUUUUUUUAAACAGUACAGCUACCUAUCUAGUUCACUUUAUUUAUUUGUCUGCAGUUUCAACAAGU